AUGACAGGACUAUUUCCUAAGGUAUUCACAACUGAGCUGAUCGUAACGAACGAGCCUAGUGGCGGUAACAGGACAUCAGAAAUCAGACAUAAGGUACUUAGUGGGAGUAGUGUUAGUGGUGGUUCGUCUGGCGUAGGUAGUACUGCAGGACCAUCGGUACACGAUACGAUAUCAGAUAUUGACGAAGCGAUAUCAGAAUUUCAGAAUAGAGGUAUUGGUGGCGUGACUGCUGGAAUAUCGCCCGCGAUGUCCAGUCCUGGACAAGGAUCAGGGCCUCGUUCGCCACUUGUUCAUAAUAGCCAUGCGAAUGGCGAGUUCAACGGUAACGGAAGUAAUAGCCAUAUGAGCAAUGGCGGACCAAAUCAUCAACAAUAUGCCGAUAACAAUGCUAUUGGUUCUAAUGAUGGCGGCCUGCCUAGCCUAAAUGAUAUUCCCAACUGGACAUCGUACGAUAUUAGUCAGUACUUUGCUUAUCGAGGUUAUGAGCCGGAUGUGUGCGAACAGUUCAUUAGGCAUAAAAUUACUGGAUCUAUUUUAUUAGAGCUCGAUCUUGCCUAUUUAAAGGAAAUUGAUAUCGCGAGCUUUGGAACUAGAUUUGAGAUUUCAAAGGAUAUCAAACACUUGAAUUCAUUAGUAUCGGCUCAAAUGACCGGCGAAGGUGCUAGUAUAGCAGCAGCUACCGCUGCCAUUAAGAGAAAGUCGAAGGCGAAAUCCACCCAUUCUCGAGAUAGAACUGCCAGUAGUAGUAAGGGCUUAAUGCUUCCACCACAAACGUCGCCCAAGAAGAACCCCAUUAACGAUAGGACUUCACCACCAGUAAAUCCUAGGACCUCGUCAUUGAGAUCAUCUAUUUCGACCACUAAUGAAACGACAUUCUCAGCAAUUGGAUCACCGUAUCAUGCCAAGAAUAGAAGUAAUGACAGUGAUGUUGUGCGACAUCCUUCAUUCAAUCCCAACUGGACCCAUCCUAUUAAAACAAGCGCUGACCUUGACUCUCCCCAAACGCCGGAGAUUGUCAACGACAACAGUGCACAUUUCACAUCCAAUAUCGGCUUGUUAUCACCAAAUUCGCUGAACGAGUAUAAUGAAACAGUGCCCGUUCCAAGGUCGCCCCAGUCUCAAGUACCUGCUGGUCGUAGAAGGUCAUACACUAUAGAUGCACUUACAAGUCGAUUCGACAGCAGCCCAUUACAACCUGCAACAGCUCCUACGAAUACUCAACAACAUAUUCGAAACCCAAGCGGAGAUACUCUGCGAGAUAAAGCUAAAGAGAACUUUUAUCAGCGGGGUCAUGCUAGAUCGACGUCAUCACUGGGACUACAGGCACGAAAUGACGAUAUCACCAAGUCUGCUAAUGAGGCAAGAAAGUCCCAUCGUCGUCACUCCAGUAUUAUGAGCUUUAUGACCACCACACAGAAUCUCGCAUCUACGCUGACCAGUCCUACUGAGAGCCAAGUCGAGCAAUCUAAUGACUUGAAUGCCUAUUCAUCAUCUUCUCGAGAAGAUAUCGGUAUGGAAUCUGAGUCUGGAGCUAGCUCUGUUGGUAUUUCAUCUUCGGCAAGCGGCAAUAACAGCACCAGUUCGACUGCUAAAAAAUAUCUCGACCUUCUUCCAGGUCGGGGCAACAACAAUAAUAAUAAUUCCUCAGCUAACAAUAAUUCCGCUACGAAGCGUAUCGGUACAGAUCCCAUCCAAUCUGUCACGGAAGCACCACCGCCUUCACCAAAACGAUCCGCCACCUUCACGAAGCCAAAACUACGAAGUACCCCAUCUCAGCCCAACUUGAAGAAAAUUUCGAAGCAACAGACAUCAGCGUUCAUGGAAGGGAUUCGACAGAUUACUGCUGAUGAGGCUGCCAAGACUGCCAGUGUUUCAGGAUGGUUACACAAGCGUGGAGGUGUUGGUGUUGGCACUUGGAAAAGUCGCUACUUCACUCUUCAUGGUACGCGACUAUCGUAUUUCACUUCGCAAAAAGAUACUAAGGAGCGUGGUCUCAUUGAUAUCACUGCACAUAGAGUACUACCAGCGAGAGAAAGUGAAGACAAACUUAUAUCUAUUUAUGCUGCUAGUGUCGGAGCAGGGCGUCAUUGUUUCAAAUUAGUUCCUCCAGCGCCGGGAUUCAAGAAGGGUGUUACAUUUACUGCGCCAAAAGUUCACUACUUUGCUGUAGAUACAAAAGAGGAGAUGAGAAUGUGGAUGGCUUCGCUCAUGAAGGCCACUAUUGAUCGAGAUGAUAGUGUUCCUGUUAUUUCUUCAUGUGCAACGCCUACCGUACCUCUUCCUCGAGCUCAAGAGCUAUUCGCAGAGGCUCGAGCUCGUGAUGAAGACCUUCGAGCUCGUAUGAUUGCAGGAGGACUUGCCAGUAACCCAAGCUCAAAUGCUAUCAGCAACAAAGCCCGGGCAAACAAUAGUUCGAGCACAAAUGAAACAUACCCAACUACACCCGACUCACCCACUGGAUCCUCGCUCCAGUCGUCGCGAACUGUUUCGUCGACUAAUUCGUCGUCACUGAAAGUAUCAUCGCCAAGCAGUUUCAGCCCGGUCGCCGCUUUUGGUGAGUACCAACCCUCGGAUAUUCGGCACCUGACUACCAAGACUGCUGGGUUGCAAAUAGUGACGAAUCUAGAGGACUCCUAA